UGUAUAAAAUUUCUAAAUAACUAUUAAAACGGGCAGCAUAUUUAUUACGUUGUAAACAAAUUCAUUGAGAAUUUUGCGCAAAAGAACGAGUCUUUUUUAUUUUUUUUUUUUUUUUUUUUUGUUUGAUAAACGGCAAUUGUACACAAUUGAUUACGAAAAAAGAAAUAAGAAAACAUUCGCAGGCCCAUAUGAGAGACUGCCUUAUCGACAUUUUGUGGAAUGUAAUCUUUACACAAUUAUAGGAAAAAAAAAAUUGCAAAGAAUUAGAUUGUGCGAAAGUUCUACCCGGUCUAAGAUUUUAAUGAAUUUUAAUACAUCAUUAAUUGCGGUGAAUCGUAAAUGAUCAAUUUAAUGUGUAGAGUUAAAGUUGAAAGGCGUGUAUUAAAUUGCUGCUUACAGCAGUGUUCCAGAUGUUUGUUAUCCGACAUGUUAGUAAACAAACGGGUGUUGCAUUAAAUAUAAGCUCAAAAGAGAAAGCGUUUACCUAGUAAAAGUUCUAAGCACCCCUCCGGCUGGAAAUUAGCUAAAUUAGAAGGCUCAUCAUCCCCGUCGGCUUUGACAAACGAGUAUUUAGAGGAAAUGGGCAUCGGAAUGUUGGAUUCCGAGGAAAGUUCUUCUUCGACAGCCUCGGCUAUAGCUUUAGCCGUUACUGCUAGUGCCGAUGAAAAUUCCAAUGAAGCCACGCCCAAUUUGGAUACUAUAAAAUUUUGUCAUCAAACACGUCUUCAUUAUAGAAAUAUGGACAAUUCAAUCUUGGAUGCUACUACAGAUAAUGCCAGCAAUCACAGUUUUGCCGAUCGAAAUGAUAAAGAAUCAAAAAACAACAACAACAAUAAUAAUAUAGGACAACGUUUAAAUAUGAAUAGCAAUUCAAAUUCCUCAUCAUCAUUUGAAAUAUAUGCAGACGAUCAACAGAGGCAAAAAACAAAAAAUUCGGACAAAUUUUCAGUGACAUCCACGCAACACAAGAAGAUGGCUGCUAACAUAAGCGUUAAGUCACCAUCGACUGGCAAAAGGAGCCCUUUGGCUACAGUUGCUUGCAAUGGUUUUAUAAGAAAUGUGCAACAGCAGCAGCAGCAGCAAAUUAUAAGUCAGCAGCAGAGAUCACAUUCUCCGUCAAUGCUCCCGUCUACCAGUCGGCAAGCCGCUUUGAUGAAACAACAUCAACAAUUACAAAAACAACAAGAGCAACACUUAUCAUCGAUGCAUCAAUCUGCUAUAAUUGCAAACAAGAAUUUCUUCUUAUUUCGUAAUCAUGAGAUGCGUGAAACUAAUCUCAGUGGUAAAGAUAAUUUUAACACCUUAUCCGAUGAGAUCAUUUUGCAAAUUUUCAAGUGGUUGCCAAAGAAAACGCUAUUACGUUGUGGCUACGUCUCACAGCGUUUUAAUAGGUGUGCUAGUGACGAAUCCCUUUGGUCGCGUUUAGACUUGGGUGGUCGUUCUUUAAAGCCAGGCGCUUUGGAAAAUAUUUUGAAACGCGGAGUCGUAAUUUUGCGAUUAGCUCAGGCUGAAAUUAAUCAUCCAAUCUUUGAUGUCAGCUUUAUAGAGAACGAGUCAGAUUUUGAAGCAAAAUUACAAUAUUUAGAUCUUAGCAUGGUAACCAUUACAAAGUUAUCCCUAAAGAUGUUAUUGUCGCGCUGUCGGCAACUGAAGAAAUUGAGUUUGGAGCAUGUAGUCCUCAACGAUGAUAUAUGCAAUGAAAUUGCAAAAAAUGAAGAUUUAGAGGCAAUAAAUUUAGCCAUGUGCUCUGGUAUUGAGGCAUGGAGUGUACGUAAAAUGUUGGAAUCACUUAAGCAACUCAGUAGCCUAAAUAUAUCCUGGACUAAUCUAUCGGUAGAUGCCGUAACUUCAUUGGUUACAAACAUAACACCAAAUAUAUUACGCCUGAAUAUGGCUGGUUGUCGUAAGACUAUGUUUGACUCACAUCUCGAGAGUUUACACAAGCGAUGUCCCGAAUUAUUGGAAUUGGAUUUAUCCGAUUGCACUGGUUUGACUGGCAAUGCUAUUAAUAUUAUAUGCAAAUUUAAGGCUCUCGAAUAUUUAUCAUUGUCACGCUGCUAUUCAAUACCUGCCGCUGCUUACGUGGAGCUUCGCAACAUGUCGACCCUUAUCUACCUGGACAUUUUUGGUAUGCUAACCGAAUCUACUUUGGCGAUGCUAGAGCAAACAUUUACAAAAAUCGGUAUUAACAAAUUCAUUCAUAGCUCAGUCGCCCGACCCACGGUCGGGACUCGACGCACUUCAAUUUGGGGUUUACGAACUCGAGACUUUCAUGCAUAACGAGAAUAAUAAUAAUAAUUUCAAGUACCAUGAUAUGAUGAUGAUAAUUUAUGCAGGAUGUUAUUUUUCCAUAACAAAUUCUUUUUUAUCUUUGAAUAACGCAAUAAAUAAUACAUUUUGCAAUCUGUGCUUAUCAUACAACCAUAUGACAAAAUUGUAA